AUUUUGCGGCAAUUUUGUUUGUUUUUACUUUGUUUCAUCAAUUCUGAUCAGCAAAAAUGCCGUGCAGCCCUCUGAAUAUUGGUGACCAGUUUCCCAACUUCGAGGCCGAGACAAGUGUGGGAAAAAUAGACUUUUACGAUUGGAUGCAAGAUUCUUGGGCCAUUCUGUUCUCGCAUCCAGCCGACUUUACGCCGGUUUGCACGACAGAGCUGGCCCGAGUGGCUGCACUGAUUCCAGAGUUCCUAAAACGCGGUGUGAAGCCCAUUGCCCUGUCCUGUGACAGCGUGGAGUCUCACAAGCGCUGGAUUGAAGACAUCAAGAGUUUUGGCAAAUUGACAACUUUUGACUAUCCCAUUAUUGCUGAUGACAAGCGCGUGCUGGCGCAACAGCUCUCAAUGCUGGACAAGGAUGAGCUGAAUGCGGAGGGCAUUCCACUGACCUGUCGCGCUGUAUUUAUUGUUGAUGAAAAAAAGAAAUUGCGUCUUUCCAUUUUGUACCCAGCCACCACGGGACGUAAUUUUGAUGAAAUCCUACGCGUUAUUGAUUCGCUGCAGUUGACCCAAACCAAGAGUGUGGCCACGCCAGCCGACUGGCAGCAGGGCGGCAAGUGCAUGGUGCUGCCCACCGUUAAGGCGGAGGAUGUGCCGCAGCUCUUCCCCAAGGGCAUUGAGACCAUUGAGGUGCCAUCCGGAAAGGGCUAUCUACGCACCACGCCACAGCCCUAAGAGCAAAGCAAAACAUUCCAAAA